AUGGCUGUUGUGGAGAAUGAAUUACCAUUUGCAAAUUAUUUUGUUAUUAUUGGUUUUGAUAAUGAACAAGGCUUAAUUUCAACAUUAUGUAGUAGUGAUAUAUCUACAAAUGAAAAUUAUAUUAAACCUCCUCUAGAAAGGUCUUAUUCUUGUAAAAUUAUUGCACACUAUCCAAAGAAAAGAAAAAAUGAUAAUUUUAGUCAUGAAAUAAUUUCGUUAUGUAUGCCAAAUGGUCUUAAAUUUUAUACAGAAAAAAAUGUUCCAAAAGAUCCUAUUUUUCAUACUUUUGUUAAUGUUAAAGAAGAUGGAAGUUAUGUAAAUGGUGUAGUUUUAACAUUUUUUGAAAUUGUAAAUGAUAUAAAAUUAUGUGAAGAAAUGGCAAAAUUAACAAAAGAGCAUGUCCAAUGUCUUGCUGUAAUGGAAGCAAAAAAGCAAAGAUUUGCAUAUUCUAUGUCAUCUAAUGGUACACAAAGUUUACCACGUGCAGUUUAUCGUAAACAAACAUCAAAUAGAUUAUAUUUUUCAAGUCACAAUCAACUUUAUGUCUCCAAAUGCAUAUGUUUAAUUACUAAAAUACCAAUUGUAGAUGGUGCAAGAAAAUUUUUAUUUAGUCUUUAUAAUUUAGUAAGAUCAUCACAACCAUGUGUCUUACCUGUAGAAUCUUUCAUUUAUUGGAUAACAAAUGAGGUACCUCUUCCAGUUGAUGAAUCAGUAUUAAAAGUUCGUUGUCAAUCAAUAGAAAUUAUUGUUAGACGUCCUUCAAAAAAUGAAUUACCAUUUUUUGAUUACCCUUUAAGUGUUCUUUUUGAAUUAAUAACAGUAGAAAAAUUUGUUAAAUUGUUUACAUGUUUUAUGUUAGAACAUCAAAUAUUACUUUGUUCACAAAAUCUUUAUAAUCUUAUGUUAGUUGCUGAAAGUUUAUGUGCCUUGGCAUUUCCAUUUAAAUGGCAGUUAACAUAUGUUCCAAUUUUACCACAAUCACAAUUAAAAUUUAUUGAAGCUCCAGUACCAUAUGUUAUGGGAUUAUAUUAUGAAGGAAGAUUACCUGAACAAAUAUUUCAAUCAAAUGUAUGUAUUCUUGAUAUUGAUUCUGGUAGAUUAGAACAUCCUGAAGAUAUUCCUGAUUUUCCACAAUCUAAAAUAUUAUCAAAUUAUAUAAAUGAUAUAUUAACAACAUAUGAUAGUGAUUAUAAUAUUUCUAUUGAUUCAAAAAAUGUUUCAUCUUCUAAUAUGAAUGUUAAAAUGAGAAGUAAUAAUUUUAAAAUUAACAAAGAUAAAAAUAAAAAAGAUAUAGUUGAUCAAAAAAAAGAAGAAUGGAAUUUAAAACGUAUGUCUCGUUCUUUUGAUGAUUUUAAUACUUCAUUACAAUGUGGAAAUUAUUUAUCUGAUGGAAUGUCAAAAUUUAUUCAAUUAGAUAAAGAUGGUUCUGACAAUGAAUAUCAAAAUCAUUUAUCUAAUAAAACAAUUAAUGCAAAAACACCACAAAAAGAGGUUAAUAAAAAUGAAGAUGAAAUGCAACAAAUUUCAGAGGCUUCAAAAAAUUAUUUACAUCAAUUGCGUAUUAAUAAUGUUAUUAGGGAAUUAUUUUGUCAUCAUUUAGCAAAUAUGUUUAUAAAUUAUGAACAAUUUCUUCUAUCUGAUAUUCAUGAAGAUACAUUUAAUAACGCAAAUAAUCGUGAUUCUUUUGUUUCAUUUGAUAAAGCUUCUUUUCUGUCUGAACAACCUAAUAGCCAUUUAAUGUUUUUAGCAGCUUUUCUUGAAACGCAGAUGUUCACAUCAUUUGUUGACAAUAAAAUUAUGAGCCAUUUGCGAGGAAAGGAUGAUACAUUAAAUCUUUUUGAUAAGAAGAUUAUGAAGCUUAAAAAAAAAGCUUUAAAUAUUAAUAAAAAUGGACCAAAUGAAACAUCAAACAUACAUUUUGACACAUCUGAAGUUGAAAAAUUAGAGUUUAAUUCAUUUGAUUAUAUUGUAUCAGAUCCACAUUAUAUUCAAGGUACACCUGUAUUAAAAUGUUAUAAUGGAGUAUUUCCUCAAUUAGAUGAAACAUUUUUAAAUUCAUCAAUAAAUUAUGAUACUGUUAAUUCACCAUGGAAACAAAGAAAUAAAAAAAUAAAUAUUUCUGAGUUAGAUUAUGAUGGUGAUUUUAAAAUAUCAUAUUCAUCUGAUAAAAAAAAUAUAGUUAAAAUUUCACAAUUAGAAAAUAAUUCAAAAAGUGGAAAAAUAAAAAAUGGAUCAGAAACUCCUGGUCAAAUAGCUCAACAAAAUUGGAAAUUUGUUGAACAAUUAUUAAGAGAAACAAAAAGUAAAACAAAAAGAAUGUUAGUUGAUAAAAUGGGUAAAGAAGCUCUUGAUUUGGGACAUUCUGAUGUUAAUAUAACAGGAGUUGAAGAAAAUACUUUAGUAGCAGGUUUUUGUGAUCUUUUAGAACGUGUAUGGGCACAUGGAUUAAUAAAAAAACAUGGUAAAUCAGCUUUCUGGAAUCAUGUUUUAAAUCAACAACAAAAAGAUAAUAAUUUUAUACCAUCAAUAAAUGAAUAUAAUAAAAAUGCACUUUCACCAGCAUUUAUGUGGGUAAUUUUUCGAAGACAAUUUGAAUAUGUCCCAAAAUCUACCGAAGAGAUAGGUGAAUUGAUAAAGUCAAUGAAAAAUGAAUUAUUAUCAUAUGAAUUAAAAGAUAAUAAUGUAAAAGAAAAGAUAAGAAAUAAUGACGAAGAUUUUAAUAAAAAUAUUACACAAGUAGAAGAAGAAGAUGAUACAGCUUGGUCUAAAAAAUUUUUAAAAGCAGCAAAUUUUAUUUGUGAUAAAAUUAAUAAUAGUACUGGGGUAUAUAAUGAUUUAUUAAAAUCACCAAAUGUAGACACCUUAAAUAAUGAAACAAAGACGAUGGAGGUUAUUGAAAGUGAUAAAAAACCACAAAAAAUUGGAUUACCACGUUCAAAGUCCUUGACAAGAGUAUUUAACAACUUCCGGCUACCAAGAAAUAAUAUGAUGAGUGGUUUUGCCUCAAAUUGGUCAAAUAUUGAUAAUGGACAUUCAUUUGGAUUGUCAGAAUCAUAUACAAAUUUAUUAAAUAGUCAUUAUGAAAAUAGAAAACAAAAUAGUCCUGCAUGUAGUAGAUCAUUAUCGACACAUGGAAGCCGUAAUCGCUCAAUAUCACGAUCAAUUAGUCCAGAUUCUUCAUAUCUUUCUUCUAUUACACGUCUCACACCUCUAUCAACUGAUAUUACAUAUGAUUUAAAAAAUAUUUUAAAAAUGACAGAAAUAAAAUCAGAUUCCGGGUUUGCUAGAGCAUUUGUUAGAUUAGCUUUAGAGCGCAAACUUCUUCAUAAACACAUUAAAACAAUUAUUGAAGAUACUUAUUUACUAAAAAAAUUAUACAAACAAUAUGCAUUUUUAUUAUGUGAAGAUGAAAGAGAACAAUUUCUUUAUCAUAUUUUAUCAUUAAAUGCCGUAGAUUUUUCUUGUUUUACCAGUACAUAUAUAACAUCAAAAAUGCAAUAUGAAGUUUUAAUAGAUGCUGGUAUUGAUAAAACGUAUAGUUCCGGAUUGUGGCUUAUGCUAACAGGAAGUUUUGGAUCAACAAAUAUAAUUACUUUACCAGAUAAUACAUUGCAAUUCACAUUUAGUCACAAAAAUUUAGGUAUAUUAUCUACUUUAAGAAUAGGAUAUAAUAUUACUUCUAAAAGUGGAUAUCCAUCAAAAUGGUUUUUAAAUAAUGUUGUUGUUAGAAAUAAUAUUACAGGGCAAACAUUUUUAUUUAAUUCAGGAAGAUGGUUUGGAAAAGGUGUUGAUGAUGGUAGUUUAGAAAGAUUAUUAGUAUCAGAAAUUUUAAAAACACCUGUAAUUGAUGAAGAUACAAAUUAUAAUUUUACAACUAGAAAUCAUUAUUCAUCAUUUAGUAAUUUAAAUAUCCCUGAAAGUCCCAUAAAUGUUGGUUCAAUGAGUAUUAAUCCAGCUAAUUUAAUUGGUAAAAGAAAACGUUCUUCUAGUGUUGGAAAAAGUAAUGAAACAUUUGGUAGUAAAAAUAUUUUAUCUACCACAGAAGUUCAACAUUUAUUAAGAACAGUUGUUAAUAGUAUUACAAAAUAUUUCUGUAGUGAGAAUGGGGAUAAUGUAUCAAAGCUUACUCAUCUUCUUUGUGGUGAAUUAGGUUUCGUUUUUUGCUUUGAACAAGUUUUUCUUAUUGGAAGACGUGAUUCAGUAUUUUAUAAUAGAUUUUUUAAACAAUUAUAUGCAUGGGAUUUUAUUGAAAGAGUGUGCAGCUGGUUUUAUGAUUUAUUAAAAUCAGGCGAGUCAAAAAAAUUAACUAAAGAUCGAAUAGCAUUACUUGCACAUACUGUUAGAUUGUUUAAUAAAAUAUCUUCAAAUAAUGUAAUUGGGAAGGAAGGAAAAUUUAGCGUUUUUAUUCUUUUUGCACUCAGGGAUCAUAUUCUACCAGGUUUAUUAGUUAUAAUGGCGUGGACACCUGUUACACCCCAAAUGUAUGAUGACAAUUCAUUUUUACGUAAUAAAACAUUAUUAUCAUCAAUAACGCAAUUAGUUGAGUCACUCAAACAAUUCCAAUUUAAUUUAGAAAAAUCUCUUGUUUAUGAUAUGGAACACCCUUUAUACUUAAGAGCUGGGUCAGCAAUUUUUUAUGCUUUGACAUCUAUUGCAAUUGUUUUUGUUAACAAGAUAUUAUUAACAAAUUUAAAAUUUCCAUCAUUUAUAUGGGUUGGAAUAGGACAAAUGGCAGCUACAAUUCUUAUACUUUAUAUAGGAAGUUUCAAAGGAACAUAUACAUUACCAAAAUGUGAUAGUAGUAUUGUUCGCAAAAUUUUUCCACUGCCUUUAAUAUAUCUCGUAAAUCUUAUUACUGGUCUUGGUGGUACGCAAAAAAUUAAUUUGCCUAUGUUCACUGUUCUUCGCCGUUUCUCCAUUCUUAUUACAAUGAUUUUAGAAUUUAUGCUACUUAAAGUUAGACCAACAUUUGCCGUUAAAGUAAGUGUUUUCUUAAUGAUACUUGGUUCUAUUGUGGCUGCUAUUAAUGAUCUUGCCUUCGACACAUACGGAUACAUAUUAAUUUUUGUCAAUGACUUAUGUACAGCGGCAAAUGGAGUUUAUAUGAAGAAAAAAUUAGAUGCAAAAGAGUUAGGACAAAAUGGAUUAUUAUAUUUUAAUGCACUUUUCAUGAUACUACCAACAGUUGUCUUUGCAUAUUUAACAAAUGAUACACAGAAACUUGUAGAACAUUACACCACUGAUGAUAUAACUAUGUCUAUAAUAAUUUGCUUUUUAAUUUCCUGCGUCUGUGGCUUUAUACUAAAUUAUUCGUUAGUUCUUUGCACUCACUAUAAUUCUGCAUUAACAACAUGUUGUGUUGGGACGCUUAAGAAUUUAUUUGUAACAUAUGUUGGAAUGUUUUCUAGUGGUGAUUAUGUAUUUUCACUGGCUAAUUUUAUUGGUGUAAAUAUAAGUGUUACAGGAUCUCUCUUGUAUACAUAUGUUACAUUUAAAACUAAAGAAACUAAAAACAGGCAACUUCAAAUACCACCAGAAAAACAGAAAUUGUUAAGUCCUUAA